AUGUCUAGUGCUAAUAUCGGUGAAUAUAAGGUACGUAUUGAUGCACUUUUGGAGGAAAUUUGUGGUUUAAAAAUGCAAAAAAAUAAUCUUGAGGCAACAAUUGAGGCUACGCUUGAAGCGACUUUUGAGGCUGCUUCAAAGAACAAGAAUGACAAAAAUAAUAUCAACAAUAAUGAGGAUGUUUACGACAGUGAUUUACCACCACAAUUGACUCGUGAAGUGCCAAUUGAUACACCAAUUGACAUAUUACCAAUUAACACAUUGCCAAUUGACACUCGAAUUGACACAAUAGAUUCAUCUUCUAUUGAUUUUUCAAUUCAACCACCACUUGAAAUCGUGCAUGAAUUGGAUUGUGAAACGACUAUAUUGAAAAAUAAUGAAUUUGAAGUUCGUGAACAUAACAAAGAUUUGCAUAUGAUUGCUUUGAUGAGAGCACCAACACAUUUAUCACGACAAAAAAUAAAGAACAUGUCAUUUUUUGAAGUUAUGGAUAAUUUUUUAAAACGUGGACAAACUUCAUCAGCAUUAACAGUACCAAGACGAUUAUCAUCUUCAUCGUCAUCAUCAACAUCGUCCUCAUCAGUAUCAUUGCCGUCAUCUAUAUCAUCGUUAUCAUCAUCGUCAUCACCAUCACGAAACUUUUUAUUAGAAUCAUCUACUGCAAUGAAUCAAGAAACUGAAUUACUAUUAUCUCCACAAGAAAAGAGAUAUGUUCUUUUUCCAAUUAAAUAUCUCGAUAUUUGGACAAUGUAUAAAAAAGCUUUAAGUAGUUUUUGGACAACAGAAGAAGUUGAUUUAACCAAAGAUAAAAAAGACUGGGAAAAAUUGUCUACAUCUGAAAAACAUUUUAUUUCUCAUGUUUUGGCUUUUUUUGCUGCUUCUGAUGGUAUUGUAAAUGAAAAUUUAGUAGAUAGAUUUUCUAGUGAAGUUGAACUAUUGGAAGCCAAAUGUUUUUAUGGUUUUCAAAUAACGAUGGAAAAUAUUCAUUCUGAAAUGUAUUCUAAAUUAAUUGACUAUUAUAUUGAUAAUAAUGAAGAAAGAAAUAACUUAUUCAAUGCUAUUGAAACUAUACCAAGUAUUAAAAAAAAAGCUGACUGGGCAAUUAAAUGGAUCAAUUCAAAAGACAGUAUUUUUGCUGAAAGAUUAAUUGCUUUUGCCGUUGUAGAGGGAAUAUUUUUUAGUGGUAGUUUUGCUUCGAUCUUUUGGUUAAGGAAACGUGGAAUUUUACCAGGUUUAACUUUUAGCAAUGAAUUAAUUUCUCGAGACGAGGGUAUGCAUUGUGAUUUUGCAUGUUUAUUAUAUAACAAUUAUAUACAACAUAAAUUGGAAAAUUCAAGAGUUGAAGAAAUUAUUUCCGAAGCUGUCGAAAUUGAAAUUGAAUUUUUGACUGAUGCUCUACCAACAAAAUUAAUUGGUAUCAAUGCUGAAACUAUGUCAGAUUAUAUUCAUUAUGUUGCUGAUCGUUUAUUAUAUACUUUAAUUGGUUAUAAAAAAUACAAUACUAUAAAUCCAUUUGAUUUUAUGGAAUUUAUAUCACUUGAAGGAAAGACAAAUUUUUUUGAAAAACGUGUUGGUGAAUAUCAAAAAUGGAAUGUAAUUGCCAAUAGUUCUGAUACUUUUUCACUGGAUGAAGAUUUUUAA